CCCUGUUCUACCUCGAAUAUUCCCUACCAUGUCGAAGAUUUAUCAUGGUGUCGUAAACGCGGCCGACAAAUUUGUCCCUAACGCAUUACGGCCACUCUGGAACCAUGCGGCAGGACCGAAAACAGUUUUCUUCUGGGCACCCGUGUUCAAAUGGGGUUUAGUCGUAGCCGGAUUGAGUGACCUUCGUCGUCCCGCAGAUCAGCUGUCAAUUUCGCAGUCUGCCUCAUUGGCAGCGACCGGAAUUAUUUGGUCCCGGUACUCGUUGGUUAUCAUUCCCAAAAAUUGGGGCUUGUUCUCCGUGAACUUGUUUGUGGCCGGUACGCAAAUAUUGCAAUUGUAUCGCGCCUGGGACUUCUCCCGCAAAGCACCGAAAGCUGCUGCAUAGAUC